CGGCGGGGUCGGCGUUCGGCAUGGCUGUGGCCGCUGCAGGAGACCUCAACCAGGACGGCUUCCAGGACUUUGCCAUCGGAGCUCCUUUUCAUGAAGCAGGAAGUGUGAUGAUCUGGACAGGAAGCAGUGAGGGCAUCUCUGCAGAGCCGAGCCAGGUGAUCCGAGGCAGCACGGUCUCCCCUGUUUUCGGGACUUUUGGCUACUCCCUUUCUGCAGGCGGGGAUGUUGAUGGGAACUAUUACCCGGACCUGCUGGUUGGUUCUCUCGAUGAUACCGUUGUUCUGUUCAGGAGUCGACCGGUCAUCCAUUUAAAUAAAACACUCACAGUUUCUCCGACCAUCGUGGACCCGAACAGCUGUGACUUCUGUAUACAGGUGGAAGUGUGUUUCUUCUACAUGUUCAACAGGGGAGAGAAGAGCGACAGAGACAACAUCAGUGAGUCAAAGACUUUCAAUUACAAAACAAUGUACCCACGUAUCUGA